GAAGUAUUGAAAGUUGUGUAGGGUGAUAGGAAGCUCAGAGCAUGAAAAAGUGCAGUCGCCUAAACCUACCGCAUGGUCGCACGACAAACUAUGCUGAAGACACUUGUCCGUUUCCACUGAACGGCUUCAGAUACUUCGCGUCCAGAGCGCACUCUGGGUUCGUUUUCAGUCGAACCGGCAGCUGAACGGCAGACUGUUGAUUUUGACGACAUUGCCGGGACUUGACAGAGCUCCUGACGGGGAUAUGCGCCUUUGUGGAACCAAGAGACUGUCGGCAGCAGCAACUUUGUUUCCACACUGACUAAAUCAUAUUGUGAAGAAGAAACUCUUAGCGCUCUCCAAGCGUUUCAAACUGCAGCACGUGUAGGAUUUUCGUGCGCAAUUAAAAGUUGAGACUGUUGUAGUGAGUGUGCAUGGGCACAGACCUGACUAUGGUGGAGCAGACACACAUCAGCAACAACAGCGACGUUCUCCCCGGCGAGUCCACUGAUUCUGGGGAGAUGGACCUAGACAUGGACGCCUCCCCGACUCCCGGCUCUCCAAACUCGGCUGGGGAUAAAAUGGACAUCGCCUGGUGCAAAACCCCAUCGGGACACAUCAAGAGGCCAAUGAACGCCUUCAUGGUUUGGUCGCAGAUAGAGAGGCGCAAGAUUAUGGAACAGUCGCCGGACAUGCACAACGCGGAGAUCUCCAAGAGACUCGGCAAGCGCUGGAAACUUUUGAAAGACAGCGACAAGAUCCCCUUCAUCCGCGAGGCCGAGCGUCUGCGGCUCAAGCACAUGGCAGACUAUCCAGACUACAAAUAUCGACCUCGGAAGAAGGUGAAGUCAUCCAGCGGCAAGACUGGGGAGAAGACGGAGCGCGUGAGCGGCAGCCCCGGCGCGAAAUCUGCAUCCAGAAAGAGCUCGAAAACUCUCAGCAGGACGCACAGAAAGUCCACGGCGCUGGAGCUGACCUCCCACUCCGUCCCGGCAGACCACCACACUCUUUACAAGUCCAGAUCCGCCGCCAAACAGAUCCCCGAGAAACCAGCAAAGCGCGGGCAUGCGUUCGGGGGAUGCAGCUCCGAUAGCAGCCCGCCCUCUGUCGCCGUGCCGGCCAGCCCCACUCUGAGCAGCUCGGCGGACUCCAUUGAGUCGCCGAGCCUCUACGACGACGGGCACGCGAGCGGAAAGGAAGACUUCAAGUACACCCGCGCGCCGUCUCCGACGCCCUCCGCUUCGCACUCGUCCUCCUCGCAGUCGUCCUCAUCGGAUGAGGAGUUCGAGGACGAGCUGGCGGACCCGAGUCCCGGCUUUGACAGCUUCAGCACCUUUGGCACCGCGCCUCUGGACAGAGAUUUGGAGUUCAACUUUGAGUCAGGCUCCGGCUCGCACUUUGAGUUCCCCGACUACUGCACCCCAGAGGUGAGCGAGUUGAUAUUAGGGGACUGGCUCGAAUCGACAAUAUCAAACUUGGUGUUCACUUAUUGAGCAGAUUGAAGAAUGACUGGGGGGCUGCAGAAUCCUCCGAGACGAGUCAGACAACAAGUCAACGACAUGAUUCCUCGUGUUUAUCAUGCAUCAGAUACUGUGGGUUCUCAUUAUCCACUGACAAGAGUGCAGAUGAAAGUGCUUAGCUUGCUCGUUUGGUGCUGGAAGGAGGCGCGCUUUGGACGCAGACGAAGCAUUGCGCGGUGGCGAGUUCACGCUGUGCGCCCUCCUCGACUUUAAAAAGGGACGUUUUUAAACAGAAGACAAGUCUGGUCAUAUGCUUGUUUCGAUGGAGGUACUGAAUGGAGAGCACGCGAGCGAUGAUUCGUUUGCUCGCGCUUGAGGUUGUUUACCAGAAUCGUGUGUUAGACCAGCAUCGCAUGCUUUCAUUACGAUUUAAGGCUGAGAAGCGUAACUGGUGUUGAUUCAUUGAAACUAAAUGGCAGCGCCAUAUGAGACGCAAAAAAAAAACACACACACAA